GCUCAACUGUGUUAGAGUUUUCCAGGCCCUUCACCAACUCUAAGCAAGCAUUUCCUCCUCCACGAAAAAGACCAGAAGGAAAGCAAUAUUGCCUUAUUUGAAUGAACGAAAAGCUUUGUAGUUUCCCACACUCUCGAACAAAUUGUUUAUGUUUCAAAACGGUCGAUGAACCGGCUCUGAAAUAUCAAAUCUCCUCUAUUUUCAUAUAACACCGAUUUUUCAACCUUCUGAAUGCCAUUGUGCUCCUCCUUGGAUGAUUGACGCACCUAAUGACGUUUCCGAAUGGAUCAUCAGACUUUGUGAAGAAGUUGUACAAAGUGCUUGAAGACCCGGCAUAUCACAAUUUGAUUCGCUGGGAUCGUUCUGGCAAGUCGUUUAUCGUGCUACAGCCAAGCGCGUUUACCAAAAUUGUGCUAACGAAGCACUUCAAGCAUUGCAACUUUUCAAGCUUUGUCCGGCAACUGAACAAAUACGAUUUUCACAAAGUUCGAAAUUCUGGGAACUGUGAGGGCAUUGGCGGCGAACAAUGCUGGGAAUUCAAACACGAAAAAUUUCAGUUGCACAACGAAGAGCUGCUUGAUGAGAUCAAGCGAAAAGCGCCAGCUUCAAAGGGAUUUUCGGCAGCGAACUCAAGAAACGCGCUAAAUGAGGUCCAUAUAUUACAGCAGCAGCUCGACAGACUCUCUUCCCAGCAAGCUAGAAUGUUGCAGCACAUCCAAAUGGUUCACACGAAUUAUGAAGAAGUUUGUGAAUUGCUCCAAGACUAUAGUAAUAAGGUGACAGUUCAGGACAAACUGCUCGAACAAGUGAUGACUCAAAUGUGUGGCUCCAAGCGGGCAGGGCUUGUCUCGAAUCCAAACAACUCUACUCCCAUGCCUGCUCAGCAAUCGUUUUCACCACCAUAUUAUGAUCGCUCUCGAACGGUUGUCAGCCCUUUAAGCACUAUUCCGACCAUACCCUCUACCCGAGGUUCAUCGGUGUCCUUUACCCACAGUCUCUCAUCCGCAAACUUAUCUGAUGUUAGUCAAUGUGUGUCAACGCCUAGUUCAGACAUGUGGCACACUGGUAAUGCAAGCAUUGCAUCGACAAACAAUAAAAAAGCCAUGAAAGUGCUCACAGAGGCGAACCUGGAGACGCCGACGCCUAUACUCAUGAAGAAGAGUCCGCCCAACUCGUUAUUGUCAGAUUCACAACCUAUUCAAUCUCCCCCUUGCAACCGUGGCAUGAUGGAUUAUUCUUUGUCAAUGCCUCAUUUCCCUGUAGCAUAUACCGCGCCAGCUUCUGCAACUCAUUCGUUUUCCCCAUUGCCACCUACUGCAGAUUCUAGCAGCCGAUCUUACGAUCCGCUUGAUAAUUACGGAGUCGGAAGUUACUGUCAGCCGCUCAUGUCAGAAAAUUCGCUGGCUUCAAGUACCUCAUUGUCUUCGUUGUCAACAGAAGCCUCUGCCUGUUCCGCGUCCUCCUUCGUCACUGCCUCCAAUGAGAAUCCGGGGGCAAGGAAGAUGUCGGAGCCGUCUGUGUCAAUUUCAACAUAUCCAAUUGUUCUCGUUUUGGACAGUGAUAUCAAAGAUGUUCCUUUCACAGUCAAUAUGUUCGAGGGCAGUGGAUGUGUGACCUACACAGCCAGCGAUGCCGUUAAUGCUCUGCGCCUUUUGGAGUCGCAGUUCAUUGAGUUGUUGGUAAUUGCAGGAUCGGCACUAUCCGUUUAUGAUUAUUUAUAUCCGUCCAUACGGCAACGUCAUCCUUUUGUGGUUGCUCUAUUAGAAAGUGUAUCCGAAAAGGAUCAAAGCUAUCUUCUCGAAAAGGGAAUUGAUAUGGUGGUUCUGAAGCCAUUAAACUCCAAUUCCGUCAAAACUAUGCUUGAACGAACACGCGCCAUGGCUGCUUCUGCGGACGAGCAAGCUUACAAAUAUAUUAAUUCCGGUGUUUCCCGAUUAUAACCUUGCCGGUUGCAUCGUGUUCCUCUUUUGUACGCGACAAAAAUGACGGCGACGACCGCGCCCUGAUUACUUACACUCCACUCACACCAAUGUGUUUCACAUUUUCCUCUUAUAUCGUAUUAUCUACUGUUACAUACUGCAUCAUCGUCGUUUUUUCAUUUUGAAAUUAGAUUGUUUCGCGAGACAAAGACGAAGUGAGACAGAACUACGGAUGGUAGCUCUGUUCUGUUGGCAAGGAAAUGUCUGUCUGUUGCUAUUAGAUGACCAGCACAGUUUAAACGGACGAGCUACCGGACGGUUUUAAGUCACCCACGUCGUCAACACAGCUUUUUGCUUAGAUUUUUUAUAAUAAAAAGUGUCUGACAAGAAUUAAAAGAAACGAACAUAGCACAAUAAUGGUUAUGAAGGGGAAACGUGUCCUCGAAGGGAAUGAGCAAACAAGA